AACACUAGAUGUCAUUCGGUAAAACAUAUCCAAAUUUAAAUAUGGCGUCCGCAAUGGAAAUCGACGAAGAAGACAUUGAGUUACCUACUUCUAGCAGUAGUAAAGGAGAAAAAAAACGUUUCGAAGUUAAAAAGUGGAAUGCUGUGGCACUUUGGGCUUGGGACAUUGUUGUAGACAACUGUGCUAUUUGCCGGAAUCAUAUUAUGGAUUUGUGUAUCGAAUGCCAAGCUAAUCAAGCCUCAGCUACCAGCGAUGAAUGUACUGUAGCCUGGGGUGUAUGUAAUCAUGCAUUCCAUUUCCAUUGCAUCUCUCGAUGGUUGAAGACUCGACAAGUUUGUCCUCUUGAUAACCGUGAAUGGGAAUUCCAAAAAUAUGGUCAUUAACUGAAUGCGUUCCACAACCAAGAAUAUCAAAGUCUAUGGGAAUAGGCAAACCAACAGAGGUAUAAAAUAAUAAUCUUUAAUACGCGUGGAUUUUCAUAAUUAAACUAAGGUAAUGUUAAUGAAAAGGGAAAACAGUAAUUAAGAUUAAAUUUAUUGAUCUCACAUGAUUACAUAUAAAGGAGAUAAUUAAUGGAUAGAAUCUUUAAUUUGAUCUUUUAUUCGACGAUAUAAGCUUUGGAAUAAUAAUUGAAUCUUUAAGAAAUAGAAUAUGUGCUGUAAUUCAUGUUAGAAGUUUUCUUUAAUAUUAAUUUUAUGGAAAUCAUGUCUUUCGUCGAAGAAAACAAAAUCGAAUAAUUUUUGAUCACUCAUUAAAACAUGUAUUACAUGUAUUAGGUUGCUAGAAACAUUCGCUUUGAUUUAUAAACAUAUUAAAAAUUAUAUAUGAAAAUAUAAAUGUGCUGUUGUAAAAUUUUCAUUCGAAAUCAGCACGAAUUUUUCAUAGUUAUCUAAAAAAUUCACAUACCGAUUUAUCAAUAAAAAAUAUAUUAUUUUUGAAUUAUACUUAUAAAAAUCGACAGGAAUUUUUCGAUCAACCCGAUAUAUAUUUAAUUUAUUAAUUCAAUAUUAGUUAAUUUAAACUAUAUCAUUUGCAAAAUGAAAACGAAUCUACUGCAACGGCCUCGAAUUCUUUUCGCAACCUUUUUACCCGCGAAUAAUCUUUUUACGGCGAAGCUAAGGAUGAUCGGAUUAUCCGAAAGAUUUUUCCCGUGCAAAAGUUUCGUCCUACCGUCUCGAAUCCCGAUCUGUCUUUAUUCGAAAAAUCGAAAUAGAACCACGCAAUGCUACACAAUUUAAUUUAAUUUAAUAUAAUAUAUAAUAUAACAUAAUAUAAUAGAAUAUAAUAUAAUUUAAGAUAAAAGAGAAAAAAGAAGUGUUGUAUCAUCCUUGUUUCACGCAGCGGCAUUGACAAGUAGGCUAAACGAUAAAUAAAAUUAAAAAGGACAUUUAUUAAAUUUAAUUAAAUUAAAAAUUAAACGAAUUUUAUAUCAAUUUUUCGCAAUUCACGUUACUUUUCGUUGAACUUAGAUAGUAAGCCCUUUUGUAAAGGAAAAAAGGAGAGGAGAAAAAGAAAAUAAUAAUAAUAAGAAGGAGAAGAAGAACAAGAAGAACAAGAAGAAGAACAAGAAGAGGAGAAAAAUACGAUUGUUCAAUAAAGCUUAUCUAACAUUAUGACAGGU